CGUGAUGGUUAUGCGUAGAAACCGGGGGUAAUGGUUUUUGCGGAGGCAGCCUCGUGGCUUCUUGCGGAUAGUUGGGGAAAGCAGGUUGAGGAUAGCCCCCUCCCAGAGCGGCUCGCUCUUAAUUUCACUACGAGAGGGAUUACUGCUUUUGAGACUGAGACACGACUUGGCGUGCCCUGCCGUCCAGCUCUUAGCUCCGUGGUGUCUCCCUCCCGGUGAUGAGGGGCUGUUCCCCAGACGGUGAACAACCCUCGCAUGGAGCGUUUUAAACAAGAUACUCGGUAUUUCCAAAAGGAGAAAAAGGGUCUGAAGUGGACAUGCAAAGCUUGUGGAGAGAAGCAGUCAUUUUUGCGGACUUACGGUGAGGGCUCCGGUGCUGACUGUAGACGCCAUGUCCAAAAAUUAAAUCUGCUACAGGGACAGAUUUCAGAGAUGGCAUUCAGGUCUCUGGAAGAACCUGGAAAUGUUGAUGAAGAGGAAAAUGCGGAGCCCAGGCAGGCUGAGUGUGAGAGUGUGCAGGAAAAACCCCAGUCCUCAGAGAACCGCUGGCUGAAGUAUCUGGAAAAAGACUCGAAAGGGCUGGGGAUGGAAGGAAGCGUGUGUUUCGAGAGCCCACCCUCGUCCAGGACAGAGAAGCCAGAGCCUUCCUUCAACACAGGCCUGCCUAAAAAAAGGAAAUGGAGCCAGAGCACAGUCCAGCCUCCACCCAGCCCUGAUGUCCAGAACCUAGGUGAUUCUGAGGUUACCUUGGAGCCCCAGAAGGACGAAGCUGGCCUGGCGGGGAAGGUCAAAGAAGGCGGGGGCCACAAGGACAGGGGAACUGUUCCUCGGGUGGGUCCUCCACGUCUGGCCCCACAGGUCAGAGCUACAUCUUCCAAGUGGGAACGAUUCCUUCUGCCACCUGGAAAUGGCCCACGUGCAGACAUGGAGCCCUCCCUGGCCCUACAGAGAGACCCCAAGCAUGCUGAGGCAGCACUGGCUGAGCAGGGGACCCUAUGGGUCCAGACCCCAAGGGAAGGGCACCCCAGCAGGCCACUCGGUGCACCCAAACUUCCCUGGCCUGCACAUACUUUCACAUCAGGGUCUCAGAGGCCCUGUGUAAAGCCCUCCGGACCACCACGGGACACUGGUCCUCUGGCAAAGGGCAGUCCCUUGGUCACAGGGGUACAGGAGUCCCCACUUGUGCUACUAUGUGACCUUUUUAAAACUGGUGAGGACUUUGAGGAUGAUCUGUGAAGUGACUUAAACAAGGUUACCCACCCGGACACAUGUUACAUGAGCCCUUAUCCCCUGGACCUCUUGGCCACUGCCC